GUAGGUAAGCAGUGCUGUGCAAGGACUAGCAGGUCCCUCAUCACCCCGCCAGCACACUGAGUGGCAGUUUCCUGGAGCCCUUCUGUUCUUCCGGGAGUGCAGCAGAUCCCGCUCAGAACCUAGUGCCAAGAGCCCUGAGCAGGACCCACCAUGCAGUGCUUCAAAUUCAUUAAGGUCAUGAUGAUCCUCUUCAAUCUACUCAUCUUUCUCUGUGGUGCGGCCCUGUUGGCUGUGGGAAUCUGGGUGUCUGUCGAUGGGACAUCCUUCCUGAAGAUCUUUGGGUCAAUGUCAUCAAGUGCCAUGCAGUUUGUCAACGUGGGCUACUUCCUCAUCGCAGCUGGUGUUGUGGUCUUUAUCCUCGGUUUCCUGGGCUGCUAUGGUGCUCAUUCUGAGAACAAGUGUGCGCUCAUGACGUUCUUUUUCAUCCUUCUCAUCAUCUUCAUUGCUGAGCUUGCGGCCGCUGUGGUGGCCUUGGUGUAUACCACAAUGGCUGAACAAUUCCUAACGUUGCUGGUGGUGCCUGCCAUCAGAAAGGACUACGGCUACCAGACUGACUUCACCCAAGUGUGGAACUCUACCAUGGAAGGGCUGAAGUGUUGUGGCUUCAACAACUACACAGAUUUUAACACCUCACGUUUCGUCGAAGAGAAUAAAGUCUUUCCCCCCUACUGUUGUAUCAACCCUGUCAACAGCACAGCUGAGGAUCCAUGCACCGAGGAAAAGGCCAAAACUAUGAAAGUACAGGGUUGUUUCAAACAGCUUCUGCAUGACAUCAGAACCAAUGCAGUCACCGUGGGCGGUGUGGCAGUUGGAAUUGCCGCCCUGGAGCUGGCUGCCAUGUUUGUAUCCAUGUAUCUAUACUGCCAUCUGCAGUAGGACUGCUUCUGCCUCCCGACUUGCUGCCGCUGCAUGGAAGCCAGGAAGAGGCACUUGGCACAGCUCAGCAGCAGUGAUGGGGGUGGAAAUGAAACCUAGCAAUGCCAUUUGGGCUGGAGUGGAUUUGCCUUUCCUACUCUGAACUUUGGGCUAAAUAGGGACUACCUCUUUUGGGAUCUGUGUCCUCCCUGUUCUUCCGCUGGUGGGGUCGAGGAGGCAUCUGUCCCACAGUCUCAGAGGCAACCAUGUCUGCCCAUCUCCUGAUUAUUUUCUUCCACCCUUGACGCUCCCUUAGUCUAAAAGCGGCUCUUGAUGAUCCCAGCACUGCACUCGUGGAUGAAGGCACUUACAGCCUGGGCAUUUCAAGCGUCAGUGAAUGUAUAGAAGGCAUUUUUGGAACCUAUAAAGCAAUUAAAAUAUUUCUAUUUGGACUGUG